UUUUUGUCCCUGUUAUCAGUUGUAAUUCUGACUAUAAAGACGUAACUCUGUGUACCGCGAACAGACAUGUACGUUCUAGUUGUUCGGGAAGCGCGGCGCGUAUCAAUUCGAAUUAUUUGGUGCCGGGCAGCCCUACUAAGGCAUGGACGAAAUCAAUGCAAUGUCUUUGGAGGAAUCACGACGUUCCCAACGACCGUACAGGUACGGAAUGGUUCUACUUUGCGUUGGAGCACUGAUAAACUGGCUAGGCCUCGCAGAGAACUACGUCGAACCGGUACGAUAUGUCGGUGUUGCUUGCAUAAUCGCGGGGGCUCUUCUCAUAUGUGCCGCGAUGUGUUGUUGGCUGCACGCACCGCCAAGUAGGGCAACCAUGCACACACAACACACGAAUCAUCCAAUCACAGCACAGAUAGACGAUCCGAUCCAUGUGAUCUCCAUCGAGGAACCAUCUAGUGGAUACAGACAGAAGCCGCCAGACUACGAGGCAGUCACGGAUGCGCCACCUAGCUAUGAUGACGCCAUCAAGUUGAAUCCUAGUCACUUGGUUAGGCUGAGCAACAGCAGCGCGUUGUCGAUGCCAACUGUACACAACAUGGUUCCCAGAACCGUGGAAAUUGUUUCUAGGGACCCCACGCCGUCACCGCCGCCGCCGUACGCGAGGUGAGAUUGUCGGCGUCAGCAGUCCCAGUUCGCAACGAAAGAGGUCUGCGAUAUGCUGGAGGCCCAGCGUUUUGCAAUACAACUUAAAUCCACCGAUGUGCUACUGCGUGGCGAGAGUGUGAGGACUCCGUCACCCGUUAUCGCCGUUAACAGCAUGGCCAACGUGGGGAGUUAACCACUGGACCUUGUCUACGUAGACUAAACUCUUUGUGUUCAAAGGAUGAUAUGAGCGAUCCAUCGGAGAGGACACUGCUUUUACCACGAAAUAAAUAGAGCAACAUGAAGGUAGAAACGAAGAUAGAGUAUACUAAGGUUAGUCACUUGAUCAACGAGAAUCAUCAGACCUAGCAAGAGCGAAGACGAUGAAAGCUGACGAAGGUGUCGCGAUUAUUGUGCCUUGUUCCUGGUAAAGAAGAAGGGAAGCCUAACUCUAAUCGUAGCGAAAGGAUCUAACUACGAAAGAAAAGCUUGGAAAGCUAUCCGAAAACUUCGAGUGAAUGCUCAUGUGGUGUUCGAGGAUGAUUAUCGGAUUUGUCUGGCUAAUUUAGAGCGACUCUAAAAUAGCAUGUAUGAGUCAUCGGUAAAGACACGCAAGAGGGGUAAUAUAUUGUACGAGUGUGCUAAAGCGAAAUGUGUCUACUUGCGGUCUAAGCGUGUUCAUUACGAACUUCGAAGUGAACGUCAGCGAUUAAUCGAAGGAUUCGUGAAUCAUCGAAGUGGAAAAGACGAGUGGGCGUUCUAAAGCUCGAGACACGACGCGUCCCGAGUUUGUCAUCAUUUAGACAAUCGUGCGGCUUGUUAUAGAAACCAUUUGUUGCUUGCCAUAUGAUUUCCAUGAUUGUCAUUUUACACGUAUACAUACACCACAUGCGAAAGUCGUUCGCACGUCCAUUUUAUUGUGAUAUAUAUGUAAUGGUGAUGCAGGUAUUGCGAUACGUCACUUGUCGAGCGCGAUGUUGCUUCGUAAAAAUGAGACUCUUUUUUUAUACUGUGGAACAGCAAAUAUAAAGAUA